ACAGCGGUCGGGCAGAAUGGCUGGCGAAGAGACAGGUCCUUUCCGUUUCCGCCCCACUUGGGUCCGCUACCCCGCAGACCAUCCCUUCUUCGAGGUAGGGGCCUCCUUGCUCUGCCUUCGCAGCCUCGGUCGCCUUGCCUCAGAAGCGGCCCGCCUCCGCAUUUCUUCCCUGCGUCUGAAGCGAUGGCUGUAAUCCUGUUCUCUUCCUCUCCAGGACGGCGACGUCCACCGGCAUAUGUACCUCCAAGGUCUCCUGGAGAAUGUCACGAAGGACACCGAAAGGCCCCGGUAAACCCCUGGAGAGAACCUCUGAAUUUUCUUGCCAAAUUGGUGGGUGUAGCCAGGUUUUCAACACCUUGGAGAGCUAUGAACAUCAUUACAACAUGCUGCACAGGAAUGUGUGUUCUUCUUGCAAACGAGCCUUCCCUUCAACACAUUUGCUAGAUGUUCACAUUCUGGAGUGGCAUGAUUCCCUCUUCCACAUAAUGGCAGAGAAGCAGAAUAUGUACCAGUGUUUGGUAGAGAGCUGUCUAGAGAAAUUCAAGAGCAGCAAAGACCGCAAGGAUCACUUAAUCACAGUUCAUCGGUAUCCAUCUGAUUUUCGCUUUGAUAAAUCCCUGAAGGCACGAAGGAAAGAGAAAAUGAGGCCUCCAUCAGAAGAAAGCAGUGCAUCAAUGGAUAUGACUGUGGAAGACUCAGAACAAUCACCUGUUGAUGCCAUGGAAAUAGGUCCAAAUGAGAGUAUAAUGGAAAGUGGCUUUCAGUCUGGGACAGAGGGUACUGUGGUCUUUCCAGCAUCUGAAAAAUGGCUCUAUAAAUCCAGAAUCCCACCUGCUAUUUGCUUUGGACAAGGGGCUACCCGUGUCUUCAAAGGCAGAAAAAAGAAAAGCUGAAUAUGACAGCCAGGAGGAAUUUCACCAGCAGAAAAAUGCAUUAAGACUAGAGCAGAGCUCUGGCUUCAUUUACUUGGAGGUCAGAGAAAUGAACAGAGGCAAAGCUAGUCUAAAUAUUGGAACUGAUUCUUGCCCUUCUCAUUGGAGAUAUUUCAAUGAGAAGCUGCCAAAUGCUGCCGUAACCUGCUUCUUGUAGUCCAGCUCCAUUUACAGUGUCAGAAAUAGCCCAGGUCUAUUUCUACAGCUUUUUAAAAUGUAGGGUGUGGAGUGAAAGUGAUCAGUUUUUUUCCCCCUGGAACGAUUAUAAUAAUAAAAUAGCAUCUAUGGUAUAGUACAGUUUUCUUGAUCUUAACAAGAACCUUGUAAAGUAGGCUGUCAUGUCGCUAAAUACCAGAUAAGCACAGUGUAGGCAGAUAUAGGUGCAUAGGGAGUAUAUAGCUACUGGGCAGUCUCUGUUGGGAUCAGAUUUAAUUCUAUUCCUGCUUGAAUGGGCACAAGCUUCCUUGAAUUGCUUCUAAGUAGUUAAUCUGCAUUGCUUUUGAGAAUUACCGAAACCAGAUUGGUUAUAUAUUUUGCAGCCAAAGAUGGAGAAGCUCUAUACAGACAGCAAAAACAAGACCAGGAGCUGACUGUGGCUCAGAUCAUGAGCUUC